CGGACUUCCCCGAAGUGCAUCGGCUUCUCUCUCCCUGGACCUCGUCUCCUGGAGGAGGCGGCGACGACGGCGGCGAGGGGAGAGGAAGAGAAGGAAGCGUCUGCUGCUGGAGCCAAUGCAGCCCUUCGGCUCUCCGGGAGGAGCGUCCCUGGCCCGAUGAGCCCCGGCAGUGCGUCCCCGACCGUGCCCCGGCGGGAGUGGGGCGCCGAGCCCAGCGCCGACGACCUCAGCUCCCUCGCCGGAGAGAGGAGGAUGUGGUGAAAGGAUGGGGCUUCUCCCUGACGGGGCUCACAAUGGCCAGAGAAGAUUCCGUGAAGUGCCUGCGCUGCCUUCUCUAUGCCCUCAAUCUGCUCUUCUGGUUAAUGUCCAUCAGUGUGUUGGCAGUUUCUGCUUGGAUGCGGGACUACCUAAAUAAUGUCCUGACUUUAACUGCAGAAACAAGGGUAGAGGAGGCUGUCAUCCUGACUUAUUUUCCUGUGGUUCACCCAGUCAUGAUUGCUGUUUGCUGUUUCCUUAUCAUUGUGGGGAUGUUAGGAUACUGUGGAACAGUGAAAAGAAAUCUGUUACUUCUUGCAUGGUACUUUGGAAGUUUGCUGGUCAUUUUCUGUGUGGAACUGGCUUGCGGUGUUUGGACGUAUGAGCAGGAGAUUAUGGUUCCAGUACAGUGGUCAGACAUGGUCACUUUGAAAGCCAGAAUGACGAAUUAUGGCUUACCUAGAUACCGGUGGCUUACUCACGCUUGGAAUUUUUUCCAGAGAGAGUUUAAAUGCUGUGGGGUGGUGUACUUCACCGACUGGCUGGAAAUGACAGAGAUGGACUGGCCCCCGGAUUCCUGCUGUGUUAGGGAAUUCCCUGGAUGUUCCAAGCAGGCCCACCAGGAGGAUCUCAGUGACCUGUACCAAGAGGGUUGUGGGAAGAAAAUGUAUUCCUUUUUGAGAGGAACCAAACAACUGCAGGUGCUAAGAUUUCUGGGGAUCUCCAUUGGAGUGACACAGAUCCUGGCCAUGAUUCUCACCAUCACUCUGCUCUGGGCUCUCUAUUAUGAUAGAAGGGAGCCUGGGACAGAGCAAAUGAUGUCCCUGAAGAAUGACACGACUCAGCACCUGUCAUGUCACUCAGUAGAACUGUUGAAGCCAAGCCUGUCAAGGAUCUUUGAACACACAUCUAUGGCAAACAGCUUUACUACUCACUUUGAGAUGGAGGAAUUAUAGAGAAUGUCGAAGAAGCAAGCUGCAAAUUUAUUUUAUUGGACUCGUGCAUUUUUGGGCACACACUUAAUCUGUUUCAGAAAUGUGUGGAAAUAAAAAUUUUGCCAUAAGGAA